AUGUCGUCCAAAGAGCCGCUCCCAGAGAGCCCCGAGCGGUCAUCGACGUCGACGCUGGGCGAUUACGAGCUGGACACGCAGUAUCUGAUGAGCAACGAGAAGACGCGCAAGAGGAAUUCCUCGCAGCAAAAGCGAAACUGGGCCUUCUUGGCAGUCAAUUCGUUUAUUCUGCUUCUCAACAUUGGGGCGCUUCUCAUGAUGGGCGUGACCAAAACCGUCACCGUUACUCACCGAGAGAAUGAAUUUCCAGACUUACCACAUCAAGAAUGGAUCGAUGGUGUGGUAGAUUGGGAACUGCAGGUAUACGACGACCAGUUCUCAAACCACGGCCAAUUCCGUGGCGUCCCUCGACCAGAGCUGGACGAUGCCUGGGCUGAGAUUCUACAGAACUUUACUCUGCGAAUUCCCAAGCCUGGCUGGCGAAACGCCAGCACUCCUACCAGCAUUCUCACUGAGUGGGGUGAUGAGGAGGGAGGCAUCAUGGGAACCUUUUCUUUUUUGCACAACAUUCAUUGUCUGAGGACUAUUCGACAAUACAUGCUUCCGGAUGCAUACCCUAAGAUUGCGGAAAAGUACAAGCCGGGGCCCAACUCUCCUAUUCCCACACACAUUGGACUCUUAGAUCACUGCAUUGACAUUCUCCGUCAAUCCGAGCUCUGCCACGCCGACAUGGCCCUCAUGACCUUUGAGUGGCGCGAGGGCGAGCACGAUCCCGUCAACAUCCACCACACGCCUCACGUCUGCGCCAACACAAACAAACUUACAAAGUUCCUGGAGCAGCACACUAUUUAUCCUUUUGGCAAGCUCCGCAACCCUUUCAACGGAGAGGUGCCGACCUGGGAAACGAACCCGGUCUAA